UUGAAGCAUACCUGCACAGUAAGGGAAGCACGCACGCUCAUUUGGCUGAAAUCAUUGUAUAAACAGACACACAACACAAAAGGGUCUACCAUUUGAAAGUAACAAACAUGAAGACAGCAAAGGCUAUUGAUGUGAUCUUGAUGGUUGCCACAAUACAGACAGUAUAUGGACAUUUACACGUACUUCUAGAAGGAACCUCAUCCAUACUUCCAGAUGGAUCGUCAUCCAGCCCUAUCCUGGCAUCGCAAAUCAAUGCGACAACGAAUGUAGACAUACCCUGCGCCUCGGAUAUGAGAUGUCGCUGUAAAGCUUCAGCCAGCGGUGGUGUAGUGGCGGACUGCUCCGACUCGAACAUUUCUGUUAUACCAGAUUUCAGUUCCAACGUUACUGACAUAUUGCUACAGAGGAACAAUAUCAAAUACUUAAAGAUCGAGGGAGACCAAGUAGCCAGUUCUAUUUUGUAUCUGGAUAUUUCUGAGAACAAACUGGAAAAAAUCAUUGGCGAUCCAUUCCAACCUAUGCAAGCAUUAAAACAUCUUGAUUUGAGUCACAAUUUCCUACAAUACACUUCAUAUGUAUUUUCAAAUAAUGUAUUUCAUGGAUUGAAAAGCUUAACAUAUCUCAAUUUGAAGUGUAACAAUCACAAUGACAGAGUUCGUUCUGAUAACCUGACGUAUCCAGUGAGUAUUGGAAAUAUUACAACGCUGAAAACUUGUUUAUUAGACGGUGUGGAUCAAGCUGGUUUCACUGGCGAUUUCAAGAACCUUAUAAAACUAGAAUCUCUAAACCUAGAAGGUCACACAGGAGUUUGUGUAUUACCUAUCUUGCGAUCUAAUUAUUUCGAAAAUGUAUCCUCUAUUCAACAUCUCAAUUUGUCUUACUGUAAAAUGCGUAGCAUUGAAAUUGGAACUUUCCGUGUGCUUGCUAAUCUGUACGCUCUGAACAUUUCCCACAAUGACCGGCUAACCUUCAGCGUUAUGUCCAAUUUGACUGAUGACCUACAAAUUGUACCAAUCCGCACAUUAGAUAUCAGCAAGCUCCACUGUGACUAUGGACCUGGAAUCGCUAUAUAUGUGCAAGAUAUAGACAAAUUAAGCAAUCAUACUUAUUUGACAAAUAUGUACAUAGACAGUAAUAGAUUAUCGUUACUCGAGUUCGGCGUGAUUCCAAGAUUACCGAAAAGUUUACGGCUUCUCUCGGUAAAAGAAAAUAGGAUAACGUAUGGGAACUAUAUUUUUGAAUUAGCCAGCGCUAUCAAUUUAGAGUUUUUCGACGGAAGUAACCAGUACUCCUCCCAUGACCCUAUCACCGGUUCGAAGGACUGCAACGACUGGCGGGCACCACCAUCCUCAAGUGACGAUGACUCCUCUACAGAUCAGAACGCUGUUCUCGACAUUGUUAAGCUAUCGGCAGUUACUAUUAAUCUUCCUCCUAACCUGAAAGAGGUCUUAUUUCAUGAUAGUAUUUUAGAUUAUGUAAUAACAGGACGUAUUCCUUUCGGUCCGAACAACUUGACACGAUUUGACCUCCAUAACAACUUAUUACAUUCCUGGAAAGGCACAGUUUCAAAUUUACAUCACAUGAAAUAUGUUGAUGGAUCAAACAAUUACUGUACGUUUAUAUCAGAUGAAUUCUUUAACGAAUGUCCGAACCUGGAAUCCCUAAUUAUACAUGAUAAUCUGCUGGGGAAUGUUUUAUAUAACGAUACGAAUGGAAAGAUUUUCAGACAUCUCACACAUUUAAAAGUGUUGGAUUUAUCUUGGAAUCGUAUACAGGCAGUUCCAAACCUUUUGCUUAAGAAUCAAAACGAACUCCAAAUACUGAACAUUAGUAAUAAUGAACUUUACACAUUCGACCUUGAGCUCAAACACAUGACAAAUUUGCAACACUUAAACAUCUCUCACAAUCAACUAUAUCAACUUAGCGAGUAUGAUCGCGUUCAGAUAGAUAGCCUUAAGCGUUCAAAUCUGACAGUGAACUUGUAUGGAAAUCAACUUCAGUGUUCGUGUGAAACACUGGAGUUUUUAAAGUGGCUAGACGGCGAUAAGGCAAUGUUUGACAACUUCCGGAACUACGAAUGUCGAUUCCCAAAUGACUCAAGUACGACAUUUUGGAAUUUCGAAAAUGUUUUGAUUGAGUUAAAAAAGGACUGUUAUGAUUACACCGGAUUGAUAGCAGGGAUAACGUCUGCUAUCGUUCUGGCCAUCUCAUUGACCGUCUCAGGAAUUGUGUACCGCUAUCGAUGGAAAUUAAGAUAUCUGUAUUACAUGGCAAAAACAAGAUACAAGGGAUACACAAGUUUGGAAACCAACAAUGACGAACGUGAUGAUUUCCCAUAUGAUGCCUUCAUAUCGUACUGUGAACAGGACGGGAGGUUUAUCAGGGGUGACCUAUUAGAGAACAUGGAGGGACGAAGUGGUUUAAAACUCUGUCUACAUCAACGUGAUUUCAUUCCUGGACAAUACAUAGCAGAGAACAUUACCAAAGCCAUACACCAGAGCUGGAAAACAGUGGUAAUUGUAUCUAACAACUAUCUUAAGUCAUACUGGUGUAUGUACGAAUUCAACAUGGCUCGUAUGGAGAGUAUCUACUCAAGGGGAGGCAAGUCUGUUUUACUGUUGGUAUUCUAUGAAGAUAUAGCAGCGAAAGAUCUUCCGUUGACACUGAUGGAUCUGAUAGAAAGCAAAUCUUACAUUGAGUAUCCGCACGACGAGCAAGGUAACGUUGUCUUCUGGGAUAAAUUGGCUGAGACUGUUUCAAUGUAAGCGUAUGAUAUAUCACGUCUACUUGACUUUUCUUUGUAUUUAUUUUCUGAAAUAAAUUGGCUAAGACUGUCUCGAUGUGAGUAU